AUGGGUGCUGCCGCUUCUGGAGUGAGCACGCAAAUGCAAGCGGAACAUGAUCCAAACGCUACUUUCCCCUGGUAAUAAUAAAUUUCUGUUUCUUUAUUCAUUUAAAUUUACUUUCAGGUGGGUUCGCUUCCUUGCCAAAGGAGUCGCCAUUCUCGGCGGAUUCCUGUCGCUCUUUUUUGGAAUUCUCGGACUGAUUACUCUGUCGGCUACUUGCAUGGUCGCUAUUCUUCUUCAGAUGUAAUCUUGUAAAACCUGUAGCAGACUCUAAUUUUUGUGCUUAGGACUUCCGGAGCAUUGGUGAUUGCGUUGGAAGCGCCGUUCUGCUGUCAAUUUGUCGACUUUAUCGAGAAAAUUGCACGCUUCAGUGAGUCGCGUCAGCUGUGGCACAAGGCGGCCAUAUACGGAAUGUGAGUAAAUCAAUCUGAUGUCAUGUUGCGGUUAACAAAACAUUUUCAGCAUGGGUCUAAUUCCAAUCUUCCUUUGCAUCGAGCUUAACACCAUUCUGGGAAGCGGAACAAUUUUCGCGUCGGGAGUCAUCUACGGAUUCAUGGCUCUUGGAAAGAAGGCCGAUCGUACCAACAUGAUGGCGGCCGGGGACCCGGCCUGGAGCCCACAAGUCAACCAAUCUAACAUUCCUUGA